UUCAGCAAACUAAAUUAAACUAUAAACCAUUAUCAAAACAAAAAAAUUAAACUAUAAACCUUUCUUUCAACUCUCUUUUUUUUUUUAUUUCCUAACAUUAAUUCUUUGAUCAAAUUUUCUUAAAGAUUAAAGGGUUUGAUAGAGAGUGUGCUUUCAGUGUAAUUAGCCAUGUCAUUAGGCUAUGCAGAGAAGCUUUCUUUCAUAGAAGAUGUGGGUAAUGUUGGAAUGAAAGAAUUUUUUGAUUCUUCCAAUCUUUUACAAGAUAAAAUUGAAAGACUUGCCAAGAUGAUACAAAAGAGUAAGCAUCUAGUGGUGUUUACAGGUGCAGGAAUAUCAACUUCUUGUGGCAUACCUGAUUUUCGAGGUCCCAAGGGUAUCUGGACAAUGCAGCGCGAGGGAAAAUCUUUACCUGAAGCAUCUCUGCCAUUUCAUAGAGCAAUGCCAAGCAUAACCCAUAUGGCGUUGGUUGAACUUGAAAAGGCUGGUAUUUUAAAGUUUGUUAUUAGUCAGAAUGUUGACGGCCUCCAUCUUCGGUCUGGGAUACCAAGGGAGAAACUUUCUGAGUUGCAUGGGAACUCUUUCAUGGAAAGUUGCCCAGCAUGUGGAGCUGAGUAUUUCCGGGAUUUUGAGGUGGAAACUAUUGGAUUGAAGGAGACAUCACGCCGCUGCUCUGAUACGAAAUGUGGAGCAAAACUAAAGGAUACAGUUCUCGACUGGGAGGAUGCAAUGCCCCAAAAAGAGAUGCUUCCCGCUGAGAAGCACUGCAGGAUGGCUGAUCUAGUAUUAUGUUUAGGGACAAGUUUGCAGAUAACUCCUGCGUGCAAUCUACCACUGAAAUGUCUCCGCGGUGGGGGGAAAAUUGUAAUUGUUAAUCUUCAGAAAACUCCAAAGGACAAGAAAGCAAGCUUGGUGAUCCAUGGGUUUGCAGAUAAGGUUAUUGAAGGAGUUAUGAAUAUCCUUACCAUGCGGAUUUCUCCAUUUGUUAGGAUUGAUAUGCUCCAGAUCAUCAUAACUCAGUCUCUGAGUGCAGAUACAAAAUAUGUUAACUGGACCCUCCGGAUAGCAAGUGUACAUUCAUUGAAAGCUACAUUGUCAUUCAUAAAAUCUGUUGAGGUUACCUUCCCAGACGCACGAAAUUACAAAGCAGCAAUUCUAGAUGAGCAGCCAUUCAACCUGAAAAGGAGAACCGGGACAACAGAAACAUUUGACAUUUUCGUGAAACUCCAUUUAAUUGAUGGAUGUGGUUGUCUAUACACAGAAAUCAAAAUUCCUUUUAGUUUUGAGGUUUUGAACGGCUGUAUCGAUCUUGAGAAGGACACUGUGAUGCAAAAUCUGAGAGAACAGGCAAUUCAAGAUUUCAGUUGCGGUCAGAAUGCAGUGAUCGAAAGAAAGACCAGCGCAGCCCCGAAAAGUGAAGUCACAGUCCAUGCCAUUGUAACCAACAUCAAAGCAUAUGAACCUGAUGGUUUGAGUAAUGGUGAUAUAAAAACACUGAUGGGAAACUCGAACGGUGUGGAGACAUCUCGGAAGCGAUCAAGAUCAAAUAGUCGGAAGCGUAAAUCAAGAUUUUAGAAUAUAUUGUUUGUUUGCGGUUAAUCGUUGUAUAUAUAUAUAUAUAUAAGAAGAAUUAGAUUUUGUAGUUAGAGAGACUGGGUGAAUUUUGCUAGAUAUUCCACACUCGGUCUCCUUAGCUGCAGUGUGCAGUUCAUGUGAAUUUUUUGAAAAUAUCUAGUGUUUCCAUGUCAGGCUUCUCUGGA